GUAUCCAAGUUCGCUGAGGUAGGAAUCCAGGUCGGAGGUCGGAUUCGGAUGAAACUCCGUCCAUGACUUCAUUCUCCGCUAACCCCGCGUGCCCGCUGGUGUGACAGCUCCCUUUUGCGAGGUCAGUUUAGCUGAGCUGAGGUUAGCUCUGCAGGAGCUUGAGGUGUUUAGGACCUGAGGUAGUCUCUAUAGAGUAUAGAGAUAACGUCUUUCCCGCCUUGGCCUCUACUCUUCCUUUCACUGAGUCAAACAUUGCGGGCAUCUUCGUUUUUCGGACAUUUGGUCAACUUGUAAUUGACCUCCGGCCUAUAGUAGAAGCUGUCGCAUCAAGGGAGAGCUCAAACCUACCCAAUAGCUCACCCCGUCCAUAAGGCAACUUUCCCCCGAAUAACCAACAACUUCACCCUUUCACCCUCCACCAAUUAAGCAGCACAUCCCACUUACUACAUCGACACAAUGUCGUCGGAACCGCAACAACACCAGGCCCCCCGCUUCUGCGCCGACUGCUUCAAGGGCACGCUCCGCGGCGACACCGAGCUCAAGGGCACCGUCGAGACCGUCUACGGCCUGCCGACGUACGUCGCGCGCCCGGAGCCGGGCCGCGGCGAGCCCGCGGGCGUCGUCGUGAUCUUGCCAGACGCGAUGGGGUGGGAGCUGCAGAAUACGCGCGCGCUGGCGGAUGCGUAUGCGAAUAGGAUUCCGGCGGUGGUACUGCUUCCUGAGUUAAUGAAUGGCUACGCCAUCCCAGCGACCGCGCUCGCCAUGACCGACAAAAUGGAGGCCGAAAAGUCGUGGUGGAGAAAAUACCUCCUUAUCGCGCCCGUCAUGGUCGCGACGAUGCUGCGCUACUUCAUCCCCCUCGUCAUCGCCACCCGCUCCAGCGUCGUCGUCCCGCGCAUAGAGAACUACCUCCGUGCAGUCCGCCUCUCGCCGCCGUCUCCCCUCCCUCCCCGUCCAUCUACCUCAACGUCCUCCUCCUCGUCCGGUGAGACAUCCGCCAAGAAAGACACCAAGAUCGGCGUCGCGGGCUUCUGCUGGGGCGGAAAAUUCACCGUCCUGCUCUCACAGCUCGCCGCGGGACCGUUUGGCGGUGAGAGGCUCAUCGACUGCGGCUUCACGGCGCAUCCGAGCUUCCUCACGUUGCCGGGCGACCUGGAGAAGGUGGUGCUGCCGCUGAGCGUGGCGAACGGGGACGACGAUAUGAUGAUGCCGCGGGCGCGGAUGGCGGAGGCCAAGAGCGUGCUGGGGAAGAAGGGGGAGGACUUUGAGAUUGUGGAGUACGUCGGUGCCACGCACGGGUUUGCUGUGAGGAACCCGAAUGAUCAGCGGCAGGCGGAGUUCGGGAUGAGGGCGGAGGAUCAGGCUGUUGGGUGGUUUCGGCGGUGGUUUGGGCUUGGUGCUUGA